AUGGUGGUUUGCUGCGACCCGGAAUGGGUAUCAUCGAAAUGCGAUAGCCAUCGGGCGAAGAUGGCGACGCACAUGAGGGAAAUGGUAGAAGAACAAAAGAGGGAGAAAAGGUUCGUCAUAACCGGAGAAGGCAGAUGCACAACGGCCCCUACAUCGGCCUUGACUCCCGUAUUCGCCGGCAACAAACAUCAAUCAAUAGGGCUCCGCUCCCUUGGUGGCUCAGCUGGUCGGAAGAAGAGCGUCACAGGUGGUGGUGGAAGGGAGGUAUAA